GCCCCGCCCCGCCCCGCCCGCUUCUCUCCCAACAUUGUCAAUAGUGUGGGUGGCUAUGAUAAUGGCAUCUCGGUAACGGAGUGCACACAGGAGCCAAGCACUACCCACUACCCACUCUUCUGUGCCGCCGCCUCUCUUCAACACGGCCGGCCGUAGCAACUCGACUUCAACUCGAGACACGGAGAGACUUGCACACAUGAGCGAACCGAAUGCGCCAGCUGGCACUGGCACUGGCACUGGCACUGGCACUGGCGAUAGCAAUGGUAUUGACCCCAGUGGCCUCCGCGAGCGCAUCUCGCAAAGACCCGCGGAGCCACAGCAGGCAGGCUCGUCAGACACUGCUUCGGCUGCGGUCCGAGCAUUGAACGAUCAACACGCGAAAGAAAACAAGAAAGAGGAAGACAAGCGCACAUAUGGGCGAACUCCAGAUGGCACGGUCUUCACUGUGCCUCACACAGACGAUAUGGUCUCGCAGCUAUUCGAUCCCACGCAGCCAAAGAAUGCAUCAGACAUUGCCAUUGUCCUUGCCCUUGCAUGCCACUUCUUCCUCAUGUGGAUUCUCCCCACAUCACUACGAGUUCCCGUCUUUGCCAUUGUCUUCCUCUUUUGGCGAACGUGUUACAACUUCGGCAUUGGCUGGCUUCUGCACAACCAGUCUCACCAUAAGCGCCUCGUAGUCUGGGCCAAGAAGACCGGCAUUUUCGAGCAUCCCAAAAGCGGCAAAAAUCCCCAUCCGACGCUGUACAAGUUCCUCAAGCACGAAAUGGAAGCCAAGAUUCCCAGAGACUAUAAAUUUGACGACGCCCCCAUUGAAUACAACACGUGGCUCCUGUUCCGACGCCUUGUAGAUCUGAUCCUCAUGUCUGACUUCACUGCGUACUGUCUCUUUGCCUACGCGUGUGGCGGACGUCCAGAGAACGAGGCGUUUGCCAUGACAUUGGCCAGAUGGCUUGGUGGAUGGCUCCUUGUCUUCUUCAAUCUAUGGGUCAAGCUCGACGCCCACAGAGUUGUCAAAGACUUCGCUUGGUACUGGGGUGACUUCUUCUAUCUCAUUGACCAGGAUUUGACCUUCGAUGGUGUCUUUGAGCUCGCUCCUCAUCCCAUGUAUUCCAUUGGAUACGUCGGAUACUACGGCAUUGCCAUGAUGGCGGCCAGCUACAAAGUUCUCUUCAUCUCCAUCCUUGCGCACGCAGCGCAGCUCAUCUUCCUUGCCUUUGUCGAGAAUCCUCAUAUCGAGCGCACCUACAACGCGCCCCCACCACCCAAGCGCUCCGAAGGAGUCCCUGAUUCACCACCGAAACGACCUCAAUACUCGACCCGACUGCUGAGUGCCGGUCAUGUCAACGGCAUGCCUCCGCUGGCGUCGGCCACUUCGCCGUCACCUGUUCAUAACUUGAUAGGCUUGCAGAAUAUGGACCUGCAUCGCGUAACAGACGUUUCGGUCAUUCUUCUGCAGCUCUACAUGUGCAGCGUUGCACUCCUCACGCCAUCAACAUGGCUUUGGCAAACCUUCUUCGUCCUGAGUGCGACCUUGUGGCGCCUGUGGUACUCCAUCGGAAUCGGCUUCAUCCUAGAUCGGCAAUCCAACAAGAAGUGGUGGACACGCCACUUUGUGAAGUACGGCGAAAGCACAGAAGAGGCUUGGCGACAAUGGAAAGGCAUCUAUCACAUCAGCAUGUCCAUGUGUUUCACGAGCUUCAUCUGCGCCGCCUGGAAGAUGUAUAGUCUCCCAGAAAACUGGUCAUACGGCAUGGCGCUCUUGCGGCACGUCCUUGGUUUUGCCAUGAUUGCACUGCAGAUCUGGACAAUCGCGAGCAUCUAUGAGUCGCUUGGCGAAUUUGGCUGGUUCUUCGGCGACUUCUUCUUCCAGGAUCAAGCUCCGAAACUCACCUAUGGCGGCAUAUAUCGAUUCUUGAACAACCCCGAGCGCACCAUUGGUCUAGCGGGCGUCUGGGGAGCUGCCAUCAUGACUUGGAGCAAAUCCAUCUUCUUCUUGGCAUUGUUGUCGCACACGCUUACGCUGUCCUUCAUCCAGUUUGUGGAGAAACCGCACAUGCAAAAGCUAUACAGACAGGGAUUGCGGCAAGACUCGGGCGUUUCCAAGACCUUAAACCGCUCGCUGCCAAAACCUCUCAGGAAAUGGCAAGGCAGCAUGAACAAGGCUAUCGAUGAGACACUUGACUCACUUGAGGACUUUCUCGAUCAAGCCGGCCCGAAGCUGGCGGCUGGGUUCAACUCCUUCGCACAAGACUCCAGCACUAUGUUCAAGCACUUUCCAGCAAGGCUUACCGUCACUCGACUGGCGCCAGACCUCGCAGGUUACGAUCCAAAGGACUACUCUGUCGAAAUCGAUACCAGUAACCCUGCUGUCAACAAGGCCGAUCCUGCGAACAGUGGCCGAGAAAGUGAAGUCGGACAGCAGCCACUCAAGCGCACUGACAGCUUUGAGCGUCUCGUCGUGGACUAUGGUGCACCUAUUAAGAUCAAGUGGACAGCUCCUCUGAACCACAGCAAGAAGGACUGGAUUGGUCUCUAUCGUGUCGGCGACAAUGCCUCCCGUGAAGUCACCAAAGUCGGGUCUCAGGGCAGAUGGAUAGCCACAAACCCGGGCGCGUAUGAUUAUGCCAGUGCCAGCAGAGGCAUCCUAGUCGCCGAUCAGAAAGUUUCUGGUGUGCAGCGCAGAGAUGGCGUGAACAAGGACUUCUUGAGUGGAGAGCUCGAGUUCUCAGGCGACAAACUCUGGUGGACACAAGGCGUCUUCGAAUUCCGCUACCACCACGAUGGCAAAUACAACGUCAUGGCCAUCUCUCUACCUUUUGAGAUUAAGAUCAACCGCUUCGACGAGGACGACAUCCAGUACGAUCAAUCAAGCAGCAUUGUUCGCGACGCAGUCGAAUCGGCCCUUCUUCCCGUGGUCCAGAAUUGUUUCGAUCGCGAUUCCGACGUGGCACCGCGCAGCGUCGAUGAUGCCUUUGGCUCAACAUUGGAGAGGCAAGGCAAGUAUGCUAAGCGCGUCGUCUAUGCCGUCCAGCAAAUGUUUGGAAUCGAAUUUGCACCAGAAGUCGUCCAAGCGGACGGAAAUGUCAGGAACCUGGCAUGGAGGAUAUGCAAUGCCAAGAAAGUCCUUGCGCCAUACAGUAUGAAGAUCGGCACAGUAUCGCCGCAAUAGAGUGUUAUGAUAUGCUGAUUGAUCCAGGCUGUCCAACACAGUCAUUGAUACCAGAGACUGUUGCGCUGUAGAUGAGUACCAUCGUACAAACAGCGCCUUGCUUACUUGGAGCUUGGGAAGAUACCACCAUCAGAAGCGGGUGUAUGGGAGUAGGAUGAUACCAGAAGAAAAGUUUGGUUUGUAUAUACUAGUCACCAGAUCCUAUGAAAGACAUGGAAAAUUCUAU